AUGGACAUCAUUUUGUUUUCAGAACUUCUAAAGAAAUACGAGACUGUCGAAGAGAAGAAGACAACAUGCAUUGACAUCUUCAACUACUCUGAUCCGACCAAAAAUCAGUAUGACCAACAAAAACUGAGCAAAGAUGACUUUCCAAACUACGUGAAGCGAGCGGGUGUUUUUGCGCCGCCAGCUCUCAAAGGUGGCCUAGAGUUUAAAAAUGGCAUACGAUUGGUUGUUCAGGACAAGGCAGAAUGUCCACACACCUUUGGUUCGGGGCAUGUGCCUUUGCAGAAAGAUCACUACGAAUUGAUGGUCCGUGAGAUGCGGCUCCCAUUCCUUUGGAUCGAGACUACAGCAGCAGUGGGCCCGUUUUUCUGGUGGACAUAUAGCCAAAGCCUCGGAAUCAUGCAGCUUAUAUUUCGAAAAUCCGAUGUGAUGCGCAAAGAUAAUGUCAGCAGGGGCUGGGAAAUGGCGCUGUCUUAUUCUUUCGAUUCAAAAAUCACCUCUGGCUUUGCAAAAGGGACAGAAUCGGCGGAAUUGGCUGCUGUCCUUGGCCAGAUGUCUGCAUGUGCAUCUCCUACUGCGCACCCCCUUCUCCUUCCCGUUCUAAUGCUAUGCAAUGAAAUCUCAACUAGCAACGACUUAAGGCAACGCGACUUAAGGCACGAGCUUCGCGAAGUAGAGACUGGGAUAAGCAACCGUUACCCGACAAAGGAGCAACCAGGCCCAGAACAAAAAGCAAACCAAAUAAAUCUAGACACUCUCCACAGCCGGCUAACGGAGUGCCAUUGCAAUAUUUUGUGGAAAAACCCCAAAGCGUGGAAAGGCGUGGCCACUGAAUUAAGGAAGGCAGCGAAGCUGUUUUGGAAUACUAUUCCUGUUGAACAGAAAGACUUGGGGUUUGCGGCCCUCCACAAAGAGCUUCUAAACAGACUAGAUUUCGUGUCAACCAAGCUGGACGGGUUGGAUUGCUACAAGGACGUCUCUAUCCAGAGGCUUGAUCUUCAGCGCGAUGUUAUGAGCAGUAUCAUAAGCCACCGAGAGUCGAGGAUCAAUCUGUUGAUUGCCAUCCAACAGCAGCAGCUAGCUAACUCUAGCACGCGGGACAGCCUUUCCAUGAAGACGCUGUCGUUUCUGGGAAUGUUUUUCCUUCCAAGCACAUUCUUAUCCUCUUUAUUUAGCAUGCCGUUUUUCAGCUUCGCUUCUGAUAUGCAUGGUUCUGUCUCGGGUAGACUUUGGAUUUACUUUGUCGUCGGAAUUCCGCUAACUGCCGUUAUCGUUGGACUUUGGUAUUUCUUUGACAGGCGGUCUCAAGCAAAAUUCCAGCAUGAUUUUGAGAUGAUUGAAACCGAAAUGUACAAGCUAGAGGGACGUGUUGCGGAAGACAUAUUCAAAAAGCGGAAGGUGAGAGUUCUGACACUAGAUUCAAGCUCUUCUACAAUGGAAGCAAAGUCUCCUGUCUAG